AGGUAUAAUAGGUAUAAUCGCCCAUCUCGAAUAGAAUUUCUUCUAAUUUCGUGUUUGUCAUCUCCUUGUCAUCCCCAAAUUUUUUGGUUUUGGGCUUUCGCUCUUUCGAUCGUUCGACUCAGGAAACGGCCGAGGCUUGUGAGAAGGGGAAAUUGUUUGCUCGUUUGACUGAUUGUGGACUUACGGUAUCUAUGAUACAUAGGUACAUCGGUUUUUAGCACCCGAUAACAUUGUGGUUAAAUCGACAUAUAAAUCAAACGAUUCAGUUCAAUCAGUACCUGCCUACUUAUUCAAGUUCUAUUGGGAAAGAACAGAAGUCAAAAAGAUAAGGAAAUAAGGAAAUAAGUCCGCCAUCACCUAGGUGUCCGGUACCUAGUAGCUACGAAGUCUCUCUUGGCGCUAUCGGCUUUACGACCCACGAAUUUCUAGGGGUGUCUAGAAAGGGGAGAGGAGAAGAAGAAGAAAAGAAGAAGAAGAGGGAGAAGAGAAUAGAAGAUGGCGGCCGCAGGUCUAAUGUCAAUAUUCGGCGGGGCGCGGCGUGUGCUAACGGGCAGCGCACGAGCGUCGGAUUUGUUCCAGCAGACACACGCCACAGUCGACGGCGAGGAAUGCAAGCACGACUGCGACAGCUGCACGGUUAAGUACCCGCGCCACUUCAAGGUCGAGGAGUCGCACCCUCUCUACGGAAAUAUCAAGCCGUGGAGCACUCACGUGCUAGUCGCGACGAGCAAGUCCGACUGGAGCAGACAUGUCGAGGACGAGAGAGGAAGUGUGAUGGAGGCGUUUGGGCACGCGAGUAAGCCUAGCAAUGGGCGUCUCAUGCUCUCCGCCUCCAACAUGCAUACACCGAACAACCGACCCGAUUACUCGGAGCCGACAACGCUCCUCGUGCUCCCCGCCUUCACCAUCGUCGAGAACGUAACACCGCCCGCCGUCCCCUCCCUCAUCAACAAGUACAUCUCCAAAGCGCCCACAACAUCCGACCCGUUGGACCCUCUCGCGCUCCCCAAAACCAUAUCCUCAUCCCGCAGCGCCGUCGGCGACAUGAUCGCGCGUCCGUGUCCGCACCGCGCCGUCGUCCUCCUCUGCUCCCACCGCACCCGCGACGCGCGAUGCGGGCAAAGCGCACCUCUCAUAAAAAAAGAGCUGGAGCGUCACUUACGCAUGCUGGGGCUAGACCGGGACCUCGACGACGAGCGCGCGGGCGGCGUGGGGAUCUACUUCGUGAACCACGUCGGCGGGCACAAGUACUCGGCCAACAUGAUGAUAUACCGCCGCCCCGACGCGUUCGGCAUCGACGAGGUGCAGCGCGCGAAAUUGCCCGCGGGCCAGGAGCCUGAGAUCGCGAAGCCGGUUGUUGAUGCGGAGACGGAGGAGGCGAGGGAUGUUGGCGCCGCGCAGUGUAUUUGGCUCGCGAGGGUUAGGCCGGAGGAUUGUGAGAAUAUUGUGAGAUACACGAUUUUGCAGGGGAAGGUUGUUAAGGGGGAUAAGCAGCUUAGGGGCGGGUUUGAUCGGGGGACUGGGAUGAUGAGUUGGUAGGGGAAUUACCUAGUUUAUCUCUUGAUGAUGGAGAUGAGACUAGAGUAGGAAAAGGAAGAGAUGAAGGUGGUUAUUGCAUUUCCCGUCAUCAUAUUCCUAGGUCAUGAGAUGGGAUUCUUGGCGGUUCUUUUUUUUCACUUUUCUCUUUGAGCAUGAUAUGAUUGAUGGGCUGGCGUGUGGUUCUCAUGGUAAUGAGAUGGAACGGAAUGGCAUAUGGGAAAUACACCUUCAGAAAAGAGACUAUUUACGGUUGUUUCGUCAGUGAUGCUUUACGAACGGAUGGUCUUCUAAUACACCUAGAGUUUAAGUCGAAGGCGCUGCAAUAGAGAAUUGAAUCCUUAGACUACUUAACAGAUUAAUAAAGCAGUCACGGUAGACUUUAUGAUUUUCCAAGUUUAAUGAAGUAAACGUGCUUGACGUGUGAGUUGCUCUGAUUAAUCGAGUAUUUCGAAUAUUUUCUAUGCUG